UGGAUGGGAAUAUGAGGCGAUUACCGCCGUGGAUGCUCGCCGGCGCGUCCUCCGAUGUAACAUCUACAAGCAAUAGAACGGAAGGCAAAAGUGUAGAGGGCAAAAGAAAAUUUGAACCAGAAGCUACCAAGACAAAGGCCGAGAAACGACCGAGAAGAACCGUAAAACCCGAAGACAGAGAUGAUUUUGAGGAACCAAAAAAGGUGGGAAUCAGGAGAAGAGGAAAACGAGCUCGUAUCGCAGAAGAAGAAGCCAAGCCUAGCAUUGUUAAUUGCAAGGAUCCCGAGAAUUUUCAAUCCAUGUCUGGUCCAGAGGACGAGGAUCUCACAGUUGAUGACUUAUUAAGCUUUGCUCAAGAGUAUGUUAAAGAAGGUGAAGAAGACCAGACAAGAAAAGAAUUGUCAGUAUCUGAAUCUGUUGAUGAACCAAACAUGAGAUCAUCUCAAAGAGAAGAAUCGAUUGAACCAGAUCAAACAGCAACUGACAUGUUAGAAUUGCUACUGGGUCCUUACUUCAAGAAAUCUCAACACUAAGCCACAGUCAAUAUUUAAAACAUGGAUGGAAUCAGAAUUGGCCUUCUACAUUCUGUAAUUUUUUUUAGAUUUUUAAAGUCUUUUCCUUCUAAGUAUUCCACUUUGUCUCAUAACGUUUUCGUUUUGUUUCCAGUAUAUAUGAUAAAAGUUU